UGUAUGCAUUUGCCUGCGGGCACCAUCUAUCUUCCUAAUCCUCACCUACUCUCUUCACAAUAUACAGAAAAAACAGGAGAGGAGAGGAAACGAAUCCUAGCUUUUCAAUUUUCUUCCUUAAAAAAAGCAUGCAUGGAGUCGCCACUUUGUCUACUUGCUUUCGGCCGGCAAUUUGUCUUGCACUUACACUCAUCGCUGGGAUCGAGUUCCCAUCCUCUCCUUAAAUUCAUUUCCCCUUCUUUUCAUCCUUCUAACCUCUCCUUUCAUCCUCCAUGGAUUCUACCUCCUUUUUCCUCCUCUUCUGCUGCUUUUCUACAAUUGCUCUCUCCACCUUCUCGAUUGAAACUUCUCUCCUCUCUCGUCUUCUUGACAUUCAGGACCGAGAGCGACCUCCUCCGUCAGUUCAAGAAGAUGCUGCACGGGGUGUACUCCGCAGGCUUCUUCCCACACACCUUUCGAGUUUCGAGUUCCAUAUCGUCUCUAAGGAGAAAUGUGGUGGACAGACUUGCUUUAUGAUUAGCAACCAUCCCUCUCUUAGUAGACGAGGGGCUCCUGAAAUUUUAAUUGGUGGGGUGAGCGGAGUAGAGCUUUCAGCUGGUCUUCACUGGUAUUUUAAGUACUGGUGUGGAGCACAUAUAUCCUGGGAUAAGACUGGUGGUGUACAACUUUCUUCAGUGCCUAAACCAGGCUCCCUUCCCCCUGUUCAAGCAGCUGGUGUUUUGAUUCAGAGGCCGAUCCCCUGGAAUUACUACCAGAAUGCUGUUACAUCUAGUUAUUCAUCUGUGUGGUGGGACUGGAAAAGGUGGGAGAAGGAAAUUUAUUGGAUGGCUCUCCAAGGUAUCAAUUUGCCGUUAGCAUUUAAUGCCCAAGAGGCAAUUUGGCAAAAGGUCUUCCAGAUGUUUAAUGUUAGUUGUUCGGAUCUGAAUGAUUUCUUUGGAGGCCCCGCAUUCCUUGCAUGGUCACGUAUGGGAAACCUACAUGGAUGGGGUGGACCACUACCACAAAGUUGGUUUGAUCAACAACUAAUUUUGCAGAAGAAAAUUCUUGCCCGAAUGUAUGAACUUGGAAUGUCUCCGGUUUUGCCAGCCUUCUCUGGAAAUGUGCCUGGAAUUCUGAAAUCUAUAUUUCCGUUGGCAAAAAUAACACGCCUAGGAAAUUGGUUUUCAGUUGAGAAUGACCCAAGAUGGUGCUGCACGUAUCUUCUAGAUGCAACUGAUCCCUUGUUUAUUGAACUUGGGAAAGCAUUUAUUGAGCAGCAACUGAAAGAAUAUGGCAGGAGCGCGCACAUAUAUAAUUGUGACACUUUUGAUGAGAACACUCCACCUAUAGAUGAACCUGAGUACAUAUCCUCAUUAGGUGCAGCUAUUUAUAAGGCCAUGUGGAGUGGUGAUAAUGAUGCUGUAUGGUUAAUGCAGGGGUGGUUGUUUACAUAUGAUCCAUUUUGGAGGCCACCACAAAUGAAGGCACUUCUACAUUCUGUUCCUCUUGGGAGGCUGGUUGUCCUUGAUUUAUUUGCAGAAGUAAAACCUAUAUGGAUUAGUUCUGAACAGUUCUACGGUGUUCCAUACAUUUGGUGCAUGCUGCACAACUUUGCUGGAAACAUUGAGAUGUAUGGGAUUUUAGAUGCAAUUGCAUCAGGGCCAAUUGAUGCUCGUAAAAGUGAAAACUCAACCAUGGUUGGUGUUGGAAUGUGCAUGGAAGGAGUUGAACAAAAUCCUGUGGUUUAUGAUCUUAUGUCUGAAAUGGCAUUUCAUCAUGACAAAGUUGAUGUGAAGAUGUGGAUAGAUCUAUACCCAUCAAGACGCUAUGGAAGGUUUGUUCCAGCAAUGCAAGACGCCUGGAAUAUUUUGUACCGCACUGUUUAUAACUGCACUGAUGGUUCCUAUGACAAAAAUAGGGACACCAUUGUAGCAUUUCCAGAUGUUGAUCCAUCCCUUAUUUCAAUCUCAAAAAGAUCUCCAAGCGGAAUACAUCAGCAUUAUAGUGAGGAAGUAUUAAGAAGAGCUUCUUUAAAGGAAAUAGCCAAUUCUUUUGAUCGCCCACAUCUGUGGUAUUCUACUUCUGAUGUCUUACGUGCAUUAAAGCUCUUCCUUGAAAGUGCAAAUGAACUAUCAGAAAGUCAUACUUUCAGGUAUGAUCUCGUUGACCUCACACGACAAGCUUUGGCAAAAUAUGCAAAUCAAGUGUUCUUGAAGGUUGUAGAAGCCUACCAGAAGAACAACGCCCAUGGGGUCAUCAUCUACAGCCAGCACUACCUUGAUCUCAUCAGAGAUAUGGACAUGCUUUUAGCUUGCCACGAUGGAUUUCUGCUUGGGCCAUGGUUAGAAAGUGCAAAGCAACUUGCCGAAGACUCAGAACAGGAGAAACAGUUCGAGUGGAAUGCAAGGACUCAAGUAACUAUGUGGUUUGACAACACUGAGGUUGAAGCUAGUCUGCUUCGUGACUAUGGAAACAAGUACUGGAGCGGACUUGUGAAUGAUUAUUAUGGCCCUCGAGCAGCUAUAUAUUUCAGAUAUAUGGUGGAGGGUCUGGAGAAGGGAGAAGCUUUUCCCUUGGAGGCUUGGAGAAGGGAGUGGAUAAUGCUCACAAAUAAGUGGCAGAAAAGCAGCAAGGCAUUCCCAGUUAAAGCUGCUGGAGAUGCUUUGAGCACCUCCCAAUUAUUAUAUGACAAGUACCUGCGCAAUGCUGCUGAUAUGGCUCAUUUUGCAUCUUUCAAGUAAAGAUGCGGUCCAUAUCACAGCUUGCUUGCUGAUCAAUAAAAGUUUCUGUAUUUUCUUAACAAACAUGGACUUUAGCACUGCUGCAAUGUACUGCUUUCUGCUUUUGGAGCCUCUGACCCAUGGUGAUGGGUUUUCCAAAAACUGGCCUGUACUGUACCUUUUGAAUGAUGAAGGGUCCAUUUUCUUUGAGCAAUAGAUCAGAUGGUUAGCUUGACCUGAACCAAAAA